CGAGCUUUGUUUUCCUCAUAGGAACAAUUUCGUAAAAUCGGUCCAAACCAAAUAAGCUCUAAAUAACGCACAAAAGGCAAAAACCCUACCGCUGCUUCCUCCGCUCUGCUGCAGCUACAACACGCAGCCUCCAUCUCUGCUCUGCGGGGUUGCUAUUUGUAAAAAUGGUGAGAGUCAGUGUUCUGAAUGAUGCUCUUAAGAGCAUGUAUAAUGCUGAGAAGAGGGGUAAACGACAAGUUAUGAUCAGGCCAUCCUCAAAAGUGAUCAUCAAGUUUCUUUUGGUCAUGCAAAAGCAUGGAUAUAUUGGAGAGUUUGAGUAUGUUGAUGAUCACAGAGCUGGCAAGAUUGUGGUUGAACUGAAUGGACGAUUGAACAAGUGUGGAGUUAUUAGUCCUCGCUUUGAUAUUGGAGUCAAAGAGAUUGAAGGUUGGACUGCUAGAUUGCUUCCUUCAAGACAGUUUGGCUAUAUUGUGCUGACAACAUCUGCUGGCAUUAUGGAUCAUGAAGAAGCUCGGAGAAAAAAUGUUGGAGGCAAAGUACUUGGUUUCUUUUAUUGAUCAGAGCUUUUGGGAUAAUUUUUGGCUUACUGUUCACUGGUUUAUCCACCUACCAAAAUUUACAGUUACAAUGUUUCAGUUUUUAAUAUUUUGUACCUAGGUAUGGUUAUGAUUUAAGAUUAUGUUCUAUGCCACCUGAAUUCGUAUCAAAUCUUUGGUUUUUGCCUGCUAAUGAUUGUCAAGUUUUGUUUC